AUGUCGUUGAAACAGGAGAUUGAGACCUGGGUAGCAGCCCUAGGUCGUUACGACAACAAUGAAUUCGAGGAGGCCCUUAACGAGUUUGGAAAGAUUGGCGACACAAGCAAGAUUCUAUUCAACAUGGGCGUGAUUCAUGCUACGCUUGGAGAGCACGAGAAGGCUGUUGAGAGUUACCAGCGAGCUAUCCGACUCGACCAAUAUCUCGCCGUUGCCUACUUCCAACAAGGCGUUUCGAACUUCCUUCUCGGCGAUUUUGAAGAGGCUCUCGCCAACUUUAAUGAUACUCUUCUAUACCUUCGCGGAAACGCUAUGAUCGACUACGCUCAACUGGGUCUUCUAUUCAAGCUUUACUCCUGUGAGGUUCUUUUCAACCGAGGUCUUUGCUACAUCUAUCUGCAACAGAUGGAUGCUGGAAUGCAAGAUUUCUCGUAUGCCGUCAAGGAGAAGGUAGUGGAGGACCACAAUGUUAUCGAUGAUGCUAUCAGGGAGCAGGCAGAGGGUUAUACCGUCUUCUCUAUUCCUGUAGGAGUUGUCUACCGCCCCAACGAGGCCAAGGUUCGAAACCUCAAGACCAAGGAUUAUCUCGGCAAGGCUAGACUGGUUGCUGCUUCAGACCGUGCCAAUGCCUUUACUGGCUUUGCUGGUUCUGAGAUCAAGAAUGCGGGCAAGACAGAAGUCAAGGAUGACCGACCCCCAGACAACAUCUCCUUCGCUGCCACAAACCUCGUCAAGCCUGGCCUGUCCUCUAGGAGGCAACAAUCAGAGCCUCCCAACGGCCGAAAUGUAUUCCCGCCAACACCCCCACCGGAGAAUGAGCGUCCCUCGCGAGCUGCUUCCGUUCGCAACCAGAAGCCCCAGUUGGCUAAACUCAACAUCCAGCAGGCUGAGCCAAACCGUCGGUACGAGAAAGCGGCUUCACCCCCGGAUAGCCGAAGGCCCAUGCCAAGGUCAGCAUCGACUAGCACUCGUGGUACACCACUGCAGAGGGAGCCCCCACCUCUGCAGUUGAGGCCCAAGCAGAUUCCAGAGGAGACACAAUCACCGGAGGAUGUCUACGCAAUGUACUCAGCAACUGAUGGCUACCGAAACUCAAGAGGGUCAGCUGGCAGCCGACGUAGACUACCAACUCAGUUCUCCGAGGAGGAGGAUGCCUCUGAUUACGAGGGUACCAUCAACGAGAACGACUUCGAGAUGAUUGGACAACGUCGAGGCCCUGGCUCUGUCAGGAACAGUCGUCGACCUGAGGUCUCAAAGAUCCGGGUCAAGGUUCACGCUGAUGAGGUUAAACUCAUCAUGAUCAAACCUGAUACCCGGUUUGAAACACUGAGCGACAAGGUCCGCGACAAGUUCAACAUCAAACGCCGUUUCAAGAUCAAGGUCAAGGACGAUGACAUGCCUAACGGAGACAUGAUCACAGUCGGUGACCAAGACGAUCUCGAAAUGGUGAUCGAUAGUGUUAAGGAGGAAGCAAGAAAACAACGAACAGAGACAGGAAAGAUGGAGAUUUGGAUCUUUCAACUUUAG